CCUCCGGAGCGCCGAUAUUAUAAUGUAUUAUUCGGGAUUAAGUUUACGGUGUCUUCUUCAAAGGUUCGGGAGGAAAACUGCCCUCCUUGUUCUUUCUGUUGGAUUAAUGGCAUCCGGAUUAGGAUGUACGUAUGCUCCUACAUUUGCAGUCUAUUGUGUUUUUCGCUUUAUUGAAGGUUCUACGUGUGUUCCACUGGCCGGCGCUAUUUUCUCUUACGCAAAUGAAGUAGCUGGUCGAAACCUCAGGUCCACCGUUGGCACAAUUAUAAUGUUCACUACAUCAAUUUCUCACACCAUAUUACCAGCCAUGGCGUAUGUUUUACGGGAUUGGAGGGAUUUGAAUCUAGCAAGUGCUCUACUACCACUAGCUUUCAUUAUUACUUGGCCGUUUAUUCCUGAAACUCCAAAGUGGCUACUUAUGAAAGGAAAAGAAGAAGAAGCAAGAAAAGUAUUGAAUCGGUAUGCAAAAAGCAGAGGAAAAACAUUGAACGAAGACGACUGGCAAAUAGUUCUCGAUACAGAAAAGAAAAAAAUGGAAUCUAUCAGUACAAGAUCUCAUCUGACCGAUCUUUUCCGUCGACCUUUCACAAGAAUUGUAUCGCUGGUUGUGUUGUUUGAUUGGUUUGCAGUCAACUGUGUAUUCUACGGUCUGGUACUGAACGCAGGUUCUCUUUCAGGUGACCCGUAUGUAAACGGCGUUCUGAAUGGAGCAACAGAAAUUAUUGCAGUAAUUGUGUAUGGAGCAGUAAAUAAGAAAUAUGGGGCAAAAGUCUGUAUUAUUCUCGGGAUGCUGUGUUCGGGAUCGCUCUGCCUUGUAGCAAUGAUUGCGGGGGAAAUAGACAGUACAAGUGAAACUGCCCUACAAGUGGUGAGAUGGGUAUCAAUCACAGGGAAAUUAUUUGCGACUGUUUCUUUCUACUCUACAUAUCAAUACACGAAUGAUGUUUUUCCGGUUAUCACAAGAGGCAAAGCAAUGGCACUUGCGUCCUCGUUCGCAAGGGUCGGAUCUAUAAUUAUUCCGUUUAUUCUUGAAGUUCAGUCUGACUCCAUAUGUGUCACUCAAGCUAUAUUAGGGUUCCUUGGCCUCAGUGCUGGUCUGGCAACUCUCAUCAUGCCACAAACCUCGUCAAAAGUUGCCACUACGACUCUGCAAGAAGCGGAAAAAGGUUACCGUGUUAACAUGAAGUGGAUGGCUAAGUUUAUAAAAUAUAAAAGAACAACGAACGAAAACGCAGACGAGAGAAAAGUACAAAUUGAAUAUUUGGACGUGGAAACAAAUAAUAACAACACUAUUUUUACUAAUCAUGUCACAAAAUUGUAAUUUUUAUAUGAUGAUUUAUCGAAGCAGUAAAACUAAAUUAAUUAAUGAACCACAUCGGCAAUCUCAUCUUUGUGAAUUCGAAAUUAUUUCAUGAUUAUUGUGAUAUCUUGUUUUGCAUUCUCCGUUGGCCCCUGUUCAUACAUCCGCUGGUACAUGUAUCAAUGAAAAUAUUGUGCAAAAUGUAAGUAGUUUCAAAACAUAAAUUAAUCAGAUUUAGCUCUUAAAAUUAGCUGAUACGACUAGGAUAUAUGUAUAAUAAUUAAUGUAAAGUAUAUUUGAUUCAUUUUUUGAAAUAAAUUUACUCUGUGAGAUAUUA